UAUGAUUCAUGACACUGACAAAGCAGGAUGCAAACGAAAAGACGGCAACACUAUUCACAUAAUGACUCCAAAUUUUGAAGCAGAUUCUGUAAAUGUCAACUGGUCCAAAUGCAGUCGGAGAGAAAUCACCAGGUUUUUGGACAAAGGUUUAGGAAAAUGUCUACAGGAUCGACCACAGGAUUUGGAGGACUACAAGUAUCCGGAUUUGCCACCAGGUGUCAUGUACGAUGCCAACCAUCAAUGUCGGCUUCAGUUCGGGACCAAAGCUACUCCUUGUGCUCCGUUGGAAGAAAUUUGCCUGCAUAUUUGGUGUUCUGUCAACAAUUCCUGCACUACUCUGUUGAGGCCUGCUGCUUCUGGAACUUCCUGCGGGAAACAUAUGAAAGUCGGAUGCGACUGGGUGGUGGACUCAACUACCGAAGAGGACGAUUGCGGCAUCUGCCAGGGAGAUGGAAGUAAAUGCGACAAAAAGGAAGGGACGUUCGAUAAACAAAAUUGGUCCCUGGGCUACGAAGAAAUUGUGGUCAUACCACGCGGAGCCCGCAAUAUACAAAUUGACGAGAAAGAUUAUUCCCAGAACUAUAUUAGUAUAGGCAGCGCCUUGGACAGGAAAUUCUAUCUGAACGGAGAGAUGCGUAUUUCUUUGCCUGGAGAAUACACUAUUGCUGGAACCCAAGCCCUCUACGGAAGAGACAACCAUUUAGAGAAAAUACGUAUUCCAGGGCCCAUACAGGAACCGAUAAUUGUAUAUUUAUACUUCAGAGGCCAAACACUGAACCCUGGGGUCCACUACAAGUACUCCAUUUGGAAACAAGAAAAAACGAAGCAGAUCAAGUACUCCUGGAUAAUGGGAGAGUGGUCGCAAUGUUCCGCAACGUGCGGAGGCGGAAUCCAACAUCGACAGCCACUCUGUCAGGAAUCUACAGUAUCUACCGUCACGUCGGAGCUGGAGAGGCCAACUCCCGUAGACGAAUACUUCUGUGAAUCACCGGAAAAGCCGGAGAAAGAAAUGAGAACUUGCAACGACGACGCAUGCGCAUACAAAUGGUGGGCGGGACCGUGGCAGGCGUGUUCUGAAACGUGUUUCCGGCAGGGUAAAAAGGUGAUGAAAAGAAGAAGUGUUGUUUGUGUAGAUGAUGAAGAGACAGCGCUGCCUGACCAAUUCUGCGAUAAGAAAUCCAAACCCUUAGAGUACAAGCCAUGUACUUCUUUACCAACAUGUUGAAGCUUAUAAUUAUUGUACAAUAAAUAGUUUUAUU